AUGCCUGCAUUCGACCCUGUCCGCGAUGCGGUCCUCAACUCCCCCAUCGCAUCCACACACCCCCUCCCCGCCUCGGCCCGUAUGCACCAUCCCGCCGAGCGCACACCGCAAACCCCUACCCAUCCGUACCCCGCCCACCUACAAUCGCACGUUCCGCCACACCCUCAGCAGCACCCCGGUAUGAGGGCACACGGGAUGUCAAUCAUCACCGACCGUACACACGCCUCGUUCGACGCGAACCCCAGCGCCGCGUUGGUGAGCCCCCUAACCCGCCGCGCGACUGAUCUUUCCAUGCUCCUCAACUCCGACCCCGCACCCGUCGACACACCCCUCUUCACGCCCACAACGCCCCGCGCACCCGCCACGCUCUCCCACCUCCUUCAUUCAGACACUGACCAAGGUCCCGAGCCCGACCAGCUUGCCUACAUCACGCCUCUCCGCAGACGCUCCUCCGCCGCUGUCUCCGACACCUCGCAGUCAUACUUCACACAUCCGGGCAGCAUCAACAACGUCCGCCGUGCGUCCUCGUCGUCCGUCGCCUCCAACGAGGCCGCAGAGCGUGAACGGUUCCCCCAGCCGCGCCGCGAGUCUUUUGGACUCUCUCUGCCCGGCGCAGCCGCCCCGCCAACCGUGGCCUCGUCCUCUGCUUUCUCCUUUUCCUUCCCCUCCGGCCCCAGUUCUCGCCCAUCCACCGGCUACCCGACCCCCUCGUCGCGGCCCUCGACGUCUGGCCAGCCGUCCUCAGGCAUGCCGCCACCCCAACAGACGGUCUAUCGCUCUCCUCCUCCAGCACCUGCCCCACCCCCGGCCGCGCCGACACCACCACCCCGGGCGAAGAGUACUUCAGCUGCCGCCGCCCCCGUCCAGCCGCCAACGAACCCGACCAUGCCUCCCAAGCCACACCCGACCAACAACGGCGCGCAUCCCAGCAACGGCGCGCGCCCCAAAUCUCGCACGGCGGCCCCCGCUCCUCCUCCUCCUGUGACCGCCGCACCUUCCUCGUCCACAUCGUCGCUCCCCCCGCCCUCGUCGAGCCUGCCCCAGAAGCCGAUGCCGCCGCCGUCCCCGCCGCCAUCGACAUCGCGGCGGAGCGCGGUGCCGUACGCGCCGCUGCGGGUCUCGCCGGCGGCGUCGGUGCUCGUGCCGCUGUCGCCCGCGGAGAUGGACCGGUACCGGAACUACGCGGGCGGCGUCGGUGCCCAUAUCCUGCGCAAGCGGAAGCGCGUCGACAACCUCCUUGGCGACGGCACGCCCCUCAAGCGGGAGCAGCCGGACGGCGGGUUCGGCGACGAGGGCCAGGGCGAGGUCGGCGGGCCGCUCAAGAAGCGGCGGACCGGAGACGUUGCUGUGGUAGUCCAGCAUUACAAUGCGCGACCCGACGUGGGCGUGGCGCAGCGGCAGGACUCGCCCAUCAUUGGCCUGAAGAGUUUCAACAACUGGGUGAAGAGCGUGCUGAUUACACGCUUCGCCCACCCGGCGCUUGCCGCUUCGCCUGGGCGCCGCAACGGGCGCAUGCGCGGACGCGUGCUGGACAUGGGCUGCGGGAAGGGCGGUGACCUGACGAAAUGGGCGAAGGCGAACGUCGCAGAGUACGUCGGUCUCGACAUCGCGCAGGUGUCGGUCGACCAGGCGCGGGGGCGCCACGGGACGUCCAAGGGCGCGCGGUUCACGGCGAAUUUCUUCGCGCUCGACUGCUACACACACGGGCUCGCGGACGAGCUCCCCGCGCAGCUGCUCGCGACGCCCUUCGACGUGGUCUCGCUCCAGUUCUGCAUGCACUACGCGUUCGAGAGCGAGCGCAAGGCGCGCACGAUGCUCGCCAACGUCGCCACCUGGCUCCGUCCCGGCGGCGUCUUCAUCGGCACCGUGCCGGACGCGGACCAGCUGAUGGCCCAGCUCGACGCGCUCCCCGCGGGCGCGCCCGACCUGUCGUGGGGGAACGCGGUGUACCGGAUCCGGUUCGAGGACCGCGCGGCGCGGCCCGUGUUCGGGCACCGGUACUGGUUCUUCCUCCAGGACGCGGUCGACGACGUGCCGGAGUACGUCGUCCACUGGGAGAACUUCGUCGGGCUCGCGGCCGAGUACGGCCUGCACUGCGUGUACAAGAAGGAGUUCCACCAGAUCUUCGAGGAGCACCAGGAGCACCCCGAGUUCGCGCCGCUGCUGCAGCGCAUGCGCGUCGUCGACGCGAACGGGGAGAGCCACAUGGACGAGGACCAGUGGGAGGCGGCGAACAUCUACGUCGGGUUCGCGUUUGAGAAGCGGUGA